AUGGCGAACACGCAAGUAACAAAGCAAGCUCUACUCGAGCACAAAGUCAUUCCAGACGUCCUUCCAGACACCAUCAACCUUUCCUACGACCUAGCUCUAGAAUGGCCAAACACAAAACUCGACACACCAGGCAAAGAACUAGCCAACGCCGACACGAAAGAAGAACCAAAAGUCUUCCUCGAUCCCGCAGUGAGCAUUCUCACUGAUCUCGCCGAGACCCUGGAUAACCUCGUCUUGAUAAUGGUAGACCCCGACCUCAUGACAAACAACGACACUUCCUUCGGCCAGGUACGCCACUGGCUCAUUACAAACCUGUCCUGCGACUCCACCGGCACACUCUCGCACCACUCCGCCGCCAUACGCUCGCCUUACGUGCGCCCUGCGCCUCUCCCCAAUUACAUCUCGCGACGCCCGCAUCGCUAUGUAUUCAUCCUCGCGCGCGCGUCCAGUAAGAUUGAAGUCCGCCCCGAAGAUCUUCGUGAGAUGCAGAAUCAGUAUACGGCUGCGGUACAGGGGAAGCAGGGCGAAAUGCAGGAUUUGAAGGACCGGUGGGGUUUCAAUGCGUGGAGGCUGUGUGAGGAGAAGGGGUUGGAGGUUUUGGCUGUCAAUCUUAUGAGGGUGGCGGGGACGCUGGAGAGUAGUGUUGCUAAUACGGGAAUGAUGGCGCAGGCGGUUGGGGAUAAGGUUGUUGGGAAGUAA